UUUAUCAGAUUCAGACUAUUUAAUCGAUUUCUAUUACAUAUGAUCACAGCCCUACUGAACUAUUCGAACUUUUGGCGGCGUUGCUGAUGCUGCAUGGUGUUAAGCAAUAUAUCUGAAGAGGUAAAGUUCAAGAGCAGCAGCUGCUCCUGAUGGAGGCAGAAAAAGAUAUAAAGUGUGGCUUUUGUCACCUUGGAGUUGAAGCAGAACCAGUCUGUGGCAAACUACAUCAUGACAACAAAAAUACUUCAGCCCAUCACAAGUGCAUGCAAUAUUCAGCUGAUCUUGUACAGUACAAGUUUACAAGUUUUGGAGGAUUUAAAAUUGACAAAGUUGAAAAAGAGAUACGCAGAGGCAAAAGAUUGAAAUGUUUUAUUUGCAAGACUGACAAGAGUAGACAGGGAAAAUGGCUGGGUGCUACAUCAGGUUGCGCUAUAUCUAAUUGUUCUAAAACCUUCCACUACUACUGUGCCAAGCUGGAUGGUGUGGCCAUCACAAAGCGCAUGGAAGUCAGAUAUCUAAAGGAGAACUCCACCAUUGUCAUGUACAGAGUGUUCUGUGGUCCUGACCAUUAUGAGCAAUUUAAAAGUAAUAAAGGUGCAUUAAAAAACCAGCAUCAGCAUUUAGUAAGGAAUUGCUCUGAUGAAGAGCAAGGAAGUGAUGAUGAAGAUAAUGCAGUACAUGCAGAACCAGACAGCCUUAACACACAGUAUGAUGAUGAUAUUUUAAUGAUAAGCCAGCUGUCACCAGAAAAAGACAUGGAUGAGGAAAUGUCCACUACCAGCGAAAAAGGGGAUGCAAUUAGGAAGUCUGCUAGAAAAGGCAAGAAAAUAGAAUUAAAAGAGUCUGCUUCUCCCAUUGUUCAAAAUGUGCCUGACGGUAAACAGAAAACCAAAACUAGCCCUUUGAAAGAAAAGCUAAGUCUCAACAAACAAUAUUCCGAAGAAGAUGACGAGAUCGAUCAAAUUUCAGAAAUCAGUGGGAAUGAGAUUGAUUUGCAAAAUGUGAAUGACUCUAGUGAUUCUGUGCUGGAAGAUCCAUUUCAUAGCAAGGCAUUAGAUGUAAGUGUCAGGCUGACGGACAUUAGAGGUGACAGGCGUCUAAUGAAUAGGUCACGGAACCCAAGUCCCGAACUGGAGGAUUCAGACACAAUUGAAAUUGAAAAUAGCAGUGUACUAAAACGCAAAGAGAAAGCCAAAAAAAGCAAUGUUGAGGUUGUGAAUAAAAAAACAGAUGUUAAUGUUAAGAAAGGAAAUCAGGAGGCAGCUACACAAGAGAGGACACAGGUCACAAAGAACGGAAACAAAAAAACCCGAGCAGCAGAAAAUCAAACAUUUUCAACCCCAAAGAACAACUCCCGCGGAAACAACAAAACCUCAAAUGGAGCCGAUAGAUUCAUCACAGCUGAGCUACACAUCACAACUUCCCCGUCUUCCAUUGAUGAAGUUAACACAGAAGACCAGGCUACUAGUAAUGGCCAGGGGUAUAGUUCUGAUGAUGAAAUGGUUCAACAGACAAAUGUCUCCAAGAACUCGUGUAAUACCAGAGACAAGAGUAGUCCACAAGUCCUCCCCCACACACCAGGGAUAAGUUCAGAGUCGGAAUGGGAAGAAAUGGCCAAAUUUCCCACUUGUGCUUUAGCAAUUAGCAGUACAACCAAAGUUUGGCCAUCCAAAAAGAUCAUGAUAACCCAAGAGGCCAAGGACAGCUUUGAUGUGCAGAAUGUUGCUAUCUGGACAAGUUCAGAAAGCUUUUCAGAUCAGCUGACUGAUGACCAUCUUCCUCAUUUCAUGAAAAUUAUUACAGAUAUGGUCAGGGAGAGACAGUUUAAGAAGCUUGGGAAUUUGUUGACAGAUACCAGUUGUCAGCUUAAUCAAAUGGAAUCAAUUAAACAUCUGCUUAACCUUCCGGAACAAAUUGUAAACAAAAUCAAGUCCUCAUUACUGAGUGAAGUAAGGAAUGAAAAUGCCAAUGGAGAAGAGGUCCUCUUCAUGGAUGCCAAAUUAAAUACUCUGUUUUUAAAGUUGAACGAUACCGUGGACAGAACAUGCAAGAUACGGAACAGACUUCUCCCAAAUGCCAAAGAAUUAUUGGGCCACCUGUAUGAAUGGACGGACGCUACAACUGUGUCGACUACCCCUUUGAGAUCAGACACUGAAACUGAAUGGAAAGGAAUCUGUGAUUGGAUGAAUCGGGAAGGUUGGAACCAAUGUGAUUCAUACAUUUAUCCAUCAGAUGACAUUUUUCUUGCAUCCAAGGAAAACCAGGGUAUAGAAAGAUUAAUACAGAAUCAGUCUGCAAGGGAAGGCCAGACCCUCAAUAAGAAGGUGUUUUUCAUGAAAGAGAUGAAAGACUUUGUAAAUAGCAUCAUGUUUCUUCAAGAACUGAUUCGUUCUGCUUGUGCUGACACUAAACACUCCCUCAUAAUUUGUCCUGCAACUCAAAACAUCAGCAAAGAGUCUCUUGUUCCAGCAGAUCUUGGGAAAGAAACCGUUGUUCAGAUCAUGAGUGCCUUCAAACCAUCCAUUAAGAGAGGUAUAUCCAUGAUUGUCAUCAGUCUGAGUAACCAAACUCCAAGGAGGAAGACUGCAGGUCAGACAUCAGCAACAUCUUUUGUAAAUGAGAUUACUGUCUGUCCAGUGGUAGAACCGGUGAGGAGUGAUCGAAAACGGAGAGCAGCAGCUACAAAAUCCAGCACACCACAACAGAAACGCAAAAAAUAGCUUGAAAUUUGUUAUAAAAACCAUCAACACUAAUCAUUUCAUGCUUCUCUUGAGUGAAUAUUUGACUCAUCAUUUUUUUUUGAGAAAUUUCAAUGACUCCUUUUUUAUUCAGUAUGAAUUUUUUGGAAGCAUUUCAAAUGACCAUGCAUUUGUUGUAAGCUUUGGAGUGAAAGUAGUUCUAACAUCAUGUAUGUAAUGUAGAUUAAUUCACAGUUUAGUUCAAACACGAUACAUGUAUUGAAAUAUGGAGUUAACCAACUUAUCAAAUUGUAUUCAGUAUCAUACCACACUGUAUAUGAUACAUGUCCACAUACUGUAGGUAAUACAUAACUCAUGGAUGUACAUCUAUUUAUAUUUUUACGCUAGCCAAUAUUCAGAGUGUGUAUUAUCCCCCUCCCAAUAUGAAUUUUUUCAAAUUACAGUGUAAACCACUAAACCAGUGUACAUGUUCAUGUAUUAUUGAAAAAUAUGAUAUACUGGUAUAUUUACAUGUAAUAUUAAUAAACUACACGGUUAGACAGUGAUACUAAAAAGUUGCAAACUAAAAUACCACCGGGUAUCAUGAUCCUCUGACUCACAAACAGCAGCUGUUGAAAAUAUCAUGCAUCAAGUCACAGUUCACCAGUUUGUUGACAAUCAUGAGAAAAUCAUGACAAUUUUUUUUUUCAAAUUUAAAACUUGUUUGCACAAUUCGUUAAGAAUGUGGAGAGUAGGUACAAAUGACAAUAUUUUUAAAUUUUUUGUAGAUUGAUAUGGACCUGUAAUUCAUACUUUGUAUUUCAAUCUCUGUAAACUUUAGAUCAUGAUGGCAUUUAAUGAAGGACCCAGAAUGUGUUCCUGUAUGUGUUCAUGUAUUUUAUACGAUAAUCAAUAUACAGCCAAACAAUUCUUGGUAUAUUAUAUAUUAUUGGUAUAUUAUAUCAGGUUGUCAAAGUUGCUAUAUUUUUUUUCAUUGAAAUUUAUAUUUGAUAAAAAAUCAAUCUACAUCGAAAAGAUUCUUGGUAUAUUAUAUCAGAUUGUUAAAGUCAGUGUAUUUAAAAAAAAUAAUGUUUUAGGUAGUAAUGAGUAUUUUGUUGUUUAUAUUGAUAUUAUCAAUUUAAAGUUGAAACAAGAAAUAAUUACCCAGCAGCUCUUAACAAUAACACUGCUUUUGAUAAAUACUGUUAUUAGUAUUAAAGCUUUAUGACUAAGUUUAGAAGGGCAUGGCAAUGACGUGAGAUACAAUUUUUUUUGUUCAUUUGAAGUAUUUUGUGUGUCUUUAAUGCAUGGCCAAAAUUUGAAUGACAAUCUGACAAGUUGAAGUUUCAUUUAGCUACGAUCAUGACCAUGCCCUUUUGAUUUUGUUUAGCAGAAUUGCUUUCUAGUUUUUGAUAAAUUUUUUAUGUACUUGUUUACAUUUUGAAUGAAGAAGUUAUUUAUAUUUAGUUAAUUUGCAAAAAGCAUUGCAAGCUUUAUUUACACCCAAUAUGUUUAAAUUUGCAUUUGCAUGUGUAUUUUAAUACAUGUAUAUAAAAAUAGCAAUGUAUCAGAAACGAGUUGUGUCCUUUUAUCCCCUUAUAAAAUAGAUAGUAUGAAUUUAAAGUGGUUUUGAUAUGAAUACUUGUGUCAUAAUUAUUCUGAUCUGAUACAAAGACAUGUAUUUUCCUACAUAAUGUGGUGCAUAAUAUCAGACGAUAUAAGCAUUGUUAACGCAGGGAAAAUACGGUAA